AUGCAUCCUGCUCCAGGUCUCGGCCUUAGUCCCGGAAUGCCAUCCACUCUUGUUCGAGAGGGGCAGCCUAAUGACAUAAGUGACGCUCGUGAAUUAGCCAAACUGCAUGUAAGGCGUCACAUGGUAGUCCACGGACUCAAUGCGAGAGAGGACGCCGAUGAUAUCAAAAACAGAGUACUGCAGGAAGAACUCGCCAAAAUGUCUAUAUUUUCUGUCGGAUCACCCACAAAACCAGAAUGGAUAAAUAUUUUAUUUCGCAUUCAGUGUUGA